ACCAUGUCUCUAUGCGAUGACACGCUCCUGUGUAAUUUCCCAAAGUGUCGGACCAAGCUGAACGGCUUUGCCUGGGUCACAGCCUGCUCACACGUUUUCUGUGAUCAGCACGGGUCCGGUGAGUUCAGCCGCUCUCCUGCAAUCUGCCCGGCCUGCUCCUCUGCUCUGUCUGGGAAGCUGGACAUUGUGAGGACAGAGCUGUCGCCCUCAGAGGACUACAAAGCCAUGGUGUUGGCAGGUCUGCGACCAGAUGUAGUCCUGGACAUCAGUGCCCGCGCUCUGGCCUUCUGGAGCUAUCAGGUCCAUCAGGAACGCAUGUAUCAAGAGUACAGUCUGUCACGGGCCGAGGCGCAGCUGAAGCAGAUGGAGAAGGUGUUGACCCAGCAGAACCAGAGCAGAGAACUGGAGCUCAGUGCCAUGAGGGGGGAAAUUGUCUCCCUGAAGAAAGUGAUGGAGGAGUAUAAGAGGAAGUACAGCGAGGUGUCUGAGAGGCUGAUGGAGAGGAACAGGCAGUACCAGAAACUACAGGGGCUGUACGACUCUCUGAGGCUGCGUAAUAUGGUGGUGGGUGUCGGGGACAGAGACACCCCGCCACAUCCAGGACAUUAUGACUUCAGCACCGGGGUGGUUCGGCAGGCGACUCCCCAGAAGAGCCCUCAGUUUCUCUCGGUGAACCACGCCGGGGACAGCCGAUUCUUCUCCUGCCUGGAGGCUGACGGAGCCAAGACCUUCUUCCAGUUCAGCUCCCCCACCAGAGACAAAGGCCGAGCCUUCACCAAGAAGCACUGA